GCGAGUGGAAGCCUCGGUCAUCAAAAGGGACGCAAAAGAAGGCGGAGGAAGAGCUAAAGAAGCAGAAGGCGAAGGUCGGCGCAAAAGGAGGCGAUCCUUUCUGCCCCCUUCCUUAAUGCCCUCAAUUCGAUCCCAAUUCGAGUGCGAUCUGGCCCUCUUUGGUUUCCCCCUUCGAUCCGCGACGUUUUGCUUCGCUUCGAUCUGCUUGGGUUCUUCUCCUCGAGUUUUCCGUCGCUAGGGUUGGAGAUUCAUCCGCUCUCUGCUUUUGCUUGAUUGUUCCUGUCGGUAUCCUCUGAAUCUUCUGAUGCUUCUUGUCCUUGAUUCGUCCCCACGAUCUGCGAACUUCGAUUUCGCCUGCUUUAUUUCUUGCAUGCUCCUUCCGUUGGACGUUUUCUUAAUCUUUCGCUGCUCGUUCCGCCACUUUCGGUUUCCGGAUGCUUAUGUGGUUUUGUAGCACGCAAAGCGAAGCAUCCUUGCGGAGGAUUGGUGAUUUGUGACAGUGCUAGAAGAUUUAAAAUUUGGAGUUGGGGAGACGGUAGGGUUCUUAUUUUGGGUUGACGGCAUCAAGAAAGUGAGAGCCUUCCGAUGGCAGACCGCACUCGAGGAUUCUGUAUUGAAGAGUUGCCUGCACAUUUAAUUCUGGAGAUACUGACGACUGGGCGUUUAAGCGCGGUGGAUCUGGCGUGCUUGGAGUCAACUUGUAGGCUGUUUGGAGGUUCUCACGGGAUUUUCCCUAGCAAAUUCCAGUCCAUGGUUGAAUGUGCCGCAUUCUACCUCUGUCAAGCACACUCUUUGUUCAGUUCCCUCCCACUAAUUGCACGGAAAAAUCUUCUUGACCGCUGUAGUAGGAAUUGGAAGAAGGUUCUGAGAUUCUUGCAGUCGGUGGAGCGGUCUUCCAAUAGCGUGGAGACAUCAGCAGGCAAUAUUCAGGUAACCACUGGAAAGUAUCAUACUCUAGUACUUCAUGAUUCAUCAGUCUUUUCUUGUGGAUCUAGUUUAUGUGGAGUACUUGGUCACGGCCAAAAUACAACCCAAUGCACUGCAUUCAGCCGUAUUAAUUUUCCAUCUUUCUCUCCUGUUAUUCAUAUAUCUGCCUCUCACAACCAUGCAGCAUUUGUCACACAAUCUGGAGAGGUGUUCACGUGUGGCGAUAAUUCUUCAUUUUGUUGUGGUCAUGGAGAAGUCCGCCGAACCAUAUUCAGACCUACACUCAUUGAAGCGCUAAAAGGAAUUCCGUGCAAGCAGGUUGCCACUGGGUUGAAUUUUACCGUGUUUCUUACAGUCCAAGGCCAAGUGUUCACCUGUGGGAGCAAUGCACAUGGGCAACUUGGUCAUGGUGAUACCAUAGAUAGAUCAACUCCAAAAAUUAUUGAAUUCUUUGAGGAGCUAGGCCAAGUGUUUCAGGUUGCUGCUGGUGCAAGUUAUACAUUUUCUGUGACUGAAGAUGGAAUUGUUCAUUCUUUUGGUUCUUGUACCAACUUUUGCCUUGGACAUGGAGAUCAACAUGAUGAACUUGUACCCCGUGCCAUCCAGUCAUUUAAGAGGAGGAAUAUUCAUAUAUUACGGGUCUCUGCUGGAGAUGAGCAUGCAGUGGCUCUUGAUUCUAGUGGCUUUGUAUAUACAUGGGGUAGAGGCUAUUGUGGAGCCUUAGGCCAUGGAGAGGAGAAUGAUAAAACCAUUCCGGAGAUACUGACAAGUUUAAAGGGUUACCUUGCUGUACAGGUGUGCGCAAGGAAAAGAAAAACUUUCGUGCUUACUGAUGAAGGUUCUGUUUUUGCAUUUGGAUGGAUGGGUUUUGGUAGCUUAGGCUUUUCUGAUAGAGGAAGCUCCGACAAGGUCAUGAAACCACGGAUGCUCGAUAACUUGAGGUCCCAAUAUGUAUCCCAGAUCAGUACUGGACUCUACCACACAGUUGGUGUCACAAAUAGGGGUUUAGUAUUUGGCUUCGGGGACAAUGAAAGGGCGCAGCUCGGCCAUGAACAGAUGCGAGGUUCCUUAAAACCAACCGAAAUAGUGGUUCAGAGGACGAUGGAUGAUAUUGCCAUAGCAGCACCAAGUGGUUGAAGAUGAUGAUGCAUUUUCUUUUUUUUUUAUGGUUUUUGUCUGUGUGCCUACAUUUCGUUUAGCUUACAAGAACGUCAAGCUUGCCUUUUUCUUCCAAAAGUAGCGGUGUUACGGAUCAUAUCCGAUGGCGUUUGUCAGCCAAGUUACCAUGAACAAGUGUGUGUAGUCUGCUAUUAAACACUUUUCCAUUUCUCAUUAAUUUGUCAAAGUUGUGUAAUAUAUAAGUAUUGCAGGAUCGAUUGCUCGAUCUUGGUAUCUGUAACGUUCUUCCUCUUUGCAAUAAGAAUGUAGAAUUGAAAAUUACUAGACUAAA